ACCCCUACCGCAAUCGAUGCUGAUCUCCAUCGUUCGAUCGUCAUAGCAGGGGUGCCAGAAUAUCGAUCUCCGAACUCUGUUGAGAGAGCUAACUACGACUACCAAUCCACAUGUUCUGUGUUGAGUUUCUUAGAUAUAGAGUAUUUACCGUCUGCUGUUUACAGAAUGGGCAUCCCAAACCCAAAUCGACCCAGACUGUUAAAAGUCGUUCUGCCUACUAGCAGAUUCCAACGGCAGGCUGUCCAGAGAGCGCCACGCCUGCGCUCCUUCUCUCAUAGGGGGGUUCACCUACGCCCUUCCCUAACUAAGGAAGAGAGGGAGCGCAGGCGUAGGGAACGUCUGGGCAACCCGUCUUCUCCUCAUGAUGUGAACGCUAGUAAGUCUCCGGUUUCUUUUGCAGUUAAUUGUGCUUCUGAUCAAAGUGCUGUAGCAAAUAUAAAUUACGUUCGGUGCGAUCGCGCUUAUAAGAGAGGCGGAGGCGUUCUCAUUCUCCUCAAACAAUCUAUCACAUAUAAUUUAGUUUUUAAAGAGUCGGCUAAAGACGCUUAUGAAAUUCUGGUCAUUGAUGCUUUUCUUGAACCUUCAUCGGUCAGGUUCAUAUUGGUUUAUAGAACUCCGUCUUGUAGUGCUUAUGCGACUUCGUUGUUAAUCAAAGCUAUCAGCGAUUUUACCUCUUACAACGGUCACACUGUCGUUCUCGGUGACUUUAACAUGCCAGAUCUCAACUGGAAAAACGAUUACCCUACCAAUACUCCUUCGAGUGAAAUGAUUACGCUCACACAUCUCAAACAAUUUGUUCAGAACCCUACCCGAGGUGACUCCUGUCUAGACCUUUUGUUCUGCAAUUCUGAUUCACUUGUAAAAAAAGUUGUGGUUAUGCCGCCUGUUGGCAGUAGUGAUCACGCGUCUAUUGAGUUUCAUAAACGCUUC